UUUGCUCUCUGUCCCCAGAUCUCCAACAGCAACAUGUCUGUGAGGAGGAAGAGGGAGGAGGUUCUCACUGACCAGCAGCUCUGUAACCAGGAGAGGAGCUCCAGUCUGGACCAAGAGGACCCAGAGCCUCUACAGAUAAAAGAGGAACAGGAGGAGCUCUGCACCAGUCAGGAGGGAGAGGAGGUUGUGGUGAAGGUGGAGGAUGAUACCUUUGUGGUGACUCCUACUGAUGAGGAAAGUGACCACGGUGAACCAGAACCAGAAAGUGACCACCAGCUCCUCUUUCAUAAUUUUUAUGUAGCUGAAAGCCAAGAACAGAAAGGAUACAAGCAUGGAAACUCCACUAGAGAUUCACAGCCUGAUCAAUACAAUCAACAAUACGCGAGCAGAAGUCAAAGUAACAUUGUCUACAACCCUAACUUGUCAGGGGUUGACAGUAAUACUCUCAAACAGUCUUUCAAAUGUGAAAGCUGUGGAAAAGACUUCAAGCACAAGUCCAAAUUGCUGAGACAUGCUAGAAUCCACACAGGUGAUAAGCCGUAUUUGUGCAACACCUGUGGGAAAGAUUUCAGAUUCAGCAGCGGCUUGAAAGUCCACAUGAGAACACACACAGGUGAGAGGCCGUACCUUUGCAAGACCUGUGGGAAAAGAUUCAGUGACAUGCCAGGCUUGACAAAGCAUAUGAGAAUACACACAGGUGAGAAGCCGUGCCUCUGCAAUACCUGUGGCAAAAGAUUUAGUGACAUGCCUGCAUUGAAAAAACAUAUAAGAGUCCACACAGGUGAGAAGCCUUAUCCGUGCAAAAUAUGUGGGAAAAAUUUCCGAUUUAGCAGUGUCUUAAAAGUCCACCUGAGAACACACACAGGUGAGAAACCGUACCUGUGCAACACCUGUGGGAAGAAAUUCGGUGACAUGCCAGCAUUGAAAAGGCAUGCAAGGAUCCACACAGGGGAGAAGCCGUAUUCUUGCGAAACAUGCGGGAAAGAUUUCCGAUUUGGCAGUUACUUGACAGUCCACAUCCGAAGAGCCCACACUGGUGAGAGGCCGUAUGCUUGCAAGAUCUGCGGGCAAAGAUACUUUGAUGCGUCUCAUUUGGCAAAGCAUAAAAAAACGCAUACAGUCCAGUAGUAUUUGUAAAACAUGGGCUUCAUUUCUAGUGUUUCAUGGUCAAAACACAGAAGAACCCUCAGAAAUGAAAAGCCACAUAAAUGCAGCACCUGUGGGAAAAGCGUUACUCAUAUCAGUCUUAUUAGUGUUACUUAAAACACCUGAGACUCAAUUUGAGGACGUAAAACGAGGGAAAUAAAUGUGGAAUUAAGAAAUUAAAGCCCCCUAAAAUAAAUAAAAACAUAUUUUUCUUCAAUUAAAAAACAAUUUAUGUUCUGUACGAUAUUGAUACAUUUAUAUAUUUCUCUUUCUCUCAUUUAUUUAUAUAUUUAUUGCUUCAUUAAUUUAUUUCAGUAUUAGUAUAACAGAGCCAGUGGUCCAAAUAAAAUAUUAAAACGUUAAAAAGAUAGUAACGUCAUUGAUUGUGAUUUAUUUUGAUUGUGUAUGGCACUUUUGGCUUGCUCGCUCACACCUAUAGCGCGCAACCACAAGCAACAAGACGCUGACUGCAGUUCACGCCCAAAGGUGGCGUUAUUAAUGAGGGUUUUCUGAAUGUUACAUAGAGAACCUUUAAUAAUCAUAACAAUCAUAACAUUAAAAUGGCUUUCCAUAAUGAAUAGGCUGAUGCUUUCCAAAUAUCCAUGAAGAUAUUUGCUUUCAAUUGAAGCUCAACUGCCGAUUGUUAAAGGACUGCAGGGAAACUGCCGUUGGGUUUAUUUGCCGUCCUGUGCAGCAGCUGCCAGGGAAUAAUAAUAAUAAUAAUAAUGCAUUUAUGUUUACAUUCAAUUUGUUUGACUAUUAACUAUUCACUUUGUAAAGCACAGAAAGCACUGUUAGUCAAACUUAAGCUAGAAAGAAGGCACUAGGGGUAAGACAACCUAAAUUUGGGUUUAGUUAGCUUUAGCUACAUCAUGUGCCUUUUGUUUGAAAUUACUGAUUUUUCAUAAUCUGUCACUUUUGAUCAACUGACCAAUCAAAGCCUGGAUUGGUGGGAUUUUAAAAACAUUUCAAACUUUUCCAAAUGUUGAACUCAUUGUUAUGCAUGAAUGGUUAUGAAUAUUGAUUGAUUUAGUACUUAGCAUUAACAAACUUAAACACUAACCACCAUUGUAGUCUGUCUUCUUUUGCACGAGGAUUUGAUGGAGCAAAACCUACAAAAACAAUAAAUGUUGUAUUUCUUUAACUGCUGUAUUGUCCAACUGAAAUUAUUAUACUUGUCGUCUUUAGUAUACUAUUAUAUUUAAUUAAAAUGAAUAUAGGCUACUAACUUUUAUGUACUUAACAUAUUAAUACAGUGCUAACAUUAUACUUUUAUUUAAUGUUAUAUUAACACUAAUAUAUAUUAGUCACUAAUCCAGGUGUUCAACGUGUUCCCAUUGUUCACAUCUGUUUAACUACAGUUAUUGCUAUGAAUAUUGUUUCGUGAGCUUGUUUACAUAACUGGAUUGUAAUUGAAUGUCUGUAAUUGGAUGUAAAAUGUUUUUCAUAAAGAUUAGAUGUAAA